AUGAAGCCCAUUCUGUCGCCUCCAUUCCCCCUCACAAACACCGGCCUUUCCGCCGUUUUCGGCGCGCGCACACGGCAUGGCGCACGGGGUCCCCGCGCAAGCUUCACAGAAUCCGCAGAGUCGGCGCGCGUGACGGGGCCGAGCGCGGGGGUUGUCGCGCGCACAGAGUGGGAGCUCAACGUCCGGCGGCGAGCGCCGCUGGCGGAGCGAUACGGCGUGCGCGUGGAACGAGGCGUUUCCGCCGAUAAAAUCGAGGAGCUUGGGGUGGAGCGGUGGCAGCGGUGGUGGUCGCCCGGGCCGUGUGCGUACCGGUGGGACUGGCUGUUGGAGGAGCAGGUGCUAGUGACACGUGGCACUCUCAGAGUCACUCCUGAUGAGUGUGAGGAGAGCAUGCAGUUUGAAGCGGGUGACUUGGUGUGCUUCCCGCGGUGGUUCUUUGCCGAGCUCGAGUUCAGUGCAGACUAUGAGCAGCGCUACAGAUUCGUGGCCUAUGGGGACAACUGCUGA